UAAAUAAUAUAAAAUUUAUUUUUUAAUAUUUUAAAUGACGUAACAUAAAUUACGUUAUUAAUCUCAAAUUUUAAUCUCAUUUAUCAUUAUUCUUUUCCCUUUCCCUCAAAAUCUCUUUCUCCCACUCAUUUAGAUAUGCACUACUCUCUAAAAUUAACAAAAUUAUAUAAAAACUACGGUCAAAUAAAGCUUAAGGAAACUUUUCCCACCCCAUUUCCUCUAAUUUUUAUCCUUCGUGGGCGAAAAAAAUAAAAAAGAAAAAAAGAAGAAUCAGUGGGAAUUGGGAGGGGCAGUGUGGAGGAUAAAAAGGAAGGUGAGAAUGACAAUUAAAUUGACAAUUAAAUUGGAAAAAAGAAAAAAUUCUUCCUCAAAGCUCAAUUAAAGCAGAACGGUAAAAAACUAAUCACUACUGCAAUUCAUGCAAUACACUAUCAAUCCCUCCUAUAUAAACAGCCAGUUCUUCUCAUCCACAUUCAUCUUCUUACUCUGUGGUCAAGAAAAAAAAUAAGAAACAAUAUGUUGAGGGAUUACCUGCUGUGCUUGGCCAUGAUUCUGUUGCAAGUAGCCUACGCUGUAAUGAACAUCAUCUCUAAACUGGCCAUGGAAUCUGGCAUGAAACCUCUUAUCCUCCUCGCUUACAGUCAAAUCUUCUCCGUCACAGUCAUCACGGCCGUUGCUUUUUUCAAGGAGCGGUGGUAAUCUACUCAAGAAAAGAACUUUCUUUUUUCAUCUUUUUUUGAGUCUUUUUAGUCGUACAUCUAAUUGAAGCAAAUGGUUUCUUUCUCUUUUUUUCUUUUUUUUUCUCUCUGAUUAUCUUUGCUAUGGGUCUGUUUGGUUUCUUAGAAAAUGCUGGAAAGAGUUGUCUUUUUUAAUGAAUUUAAGGAAAUAAGAAAAAGUGAGUUCAGCCUGCGGAUGCCUAGAAAAUUGUUUUCUUACGAGGAAACUCUGUUUUUGCACAAUUAGAAGUAGUAUCUUAACUCAUUUUUUCUGGUUAUUUGAGCAGUAAAAGACCAAGGAUCACAGUGCUGUUCCAGUUGUUCUUGUGUUCAAUUACGUAAGUGUGGUGAUUUGGACUUUUGGGUUUAGUUUAUGAAUUUCCUUUAAAAUUGCUAUGAAUGCUGAAAUAUACAAGGAAAUUAACAUUAAUGGUAUGU